CUGAAAGAAGUUGGAAAGGAACAGCCAAAAACAGAAGCUGAAGUUCCAGCCAAUGCCAUCAAAAAUCGAUAUCCCCAUGUUCUACCAUGGUUAUAGCUCCCCACAGGAGUUCAUUGCUACCCAGGGGCCUUUGAAAAAAACUCUGGAUGAUUUUUGGAGACUGGUAUGGGAGCAGAACAUCUGUACUAUUGUGAUGUUGACAGUGGGCAUGGAGAAUGGACGGGUGUUAUGUGAAUACUACUGGCCAACAGACAUCUCUCCUGUCUCUUCUGGAGAAAUUAGCAUCCAUCUGCUGGCUCAGAAUUUUGCUGAUGAGUGGACAACACGGGAAUUUAAACUGCAGCAUAAAGGACUAAAUAUGGAACGAAGAUUAAGUCACUUACACUACACAGCAUGGCCUAAUCAUGGUAUUCCUGAGUCUACCACCUCCAUGAUUGCUUUCAUAGAAUUGGUACGAGCACAUAUGCAGAGUGUAAAUGAAUGUGGACCUAUCCUGGUGCAUGGUAGUGCAGGAGUGGGUCGCACCGGCACCUUCGUUGCCCUUGAUCGGCUCCUACAGCAAUUAAAGCACGAGAAGCUGGUUGAUAUCUUCAAUACUGUUUACAGUCUUCGAAUGAAUCGGCAUUGUAUGAUAGAGACACUGGGGCAAUACAUUUUCCUGCAUAGCUGUAUCCUAGAGAAGAUCUCUGAAGACCCACUCAUUGGCCUGUCAGAGAUCUCCCAUCCAGUCUCUCUCAAAAGUUUUGUUCAGCACCAUGCAAAAAACUGUUCUCAGUCCAAUGCUGGCUUCCUAAAGGAAUAUGAGCAGAUGCUCUUGGAAGUUGCAAAAGAGGAAAUAAAUUCUGCCAUACCACCCUCUGUCAAUCAGCAAAUCAACCUUAGCUCCAGCAAGAUACCAUAUGAUCGCUCUAAAGUGAAGUUUUUACCACUGGAUCGAGAUCCAUUCUCAGAUCUUGCACAUGUCUGGUUCAUCCCUGCUCCAGAUAAAUCAUGCUGGCCAUCGGAGGGUGAACCUGUCUGCACAGAGAUGCUCACCAUACAGCAAGGGCCUGAAAAGAUCAUUUCAGGAUGGCCUUGUGUUCAGCUCAGACUAAAAUAUGAGAAAAAGGCAAAGGAAAGAGUGUUGCAACAGUUCCGAUUUCCUUUGGGGGAAGGAGAAGAGUUGCCAGAUCCUGAGGUUCUGGUGGGUUUUCUCACAGUUGUCAGACAGCUAGUGCCAUACCGGAAGAGGACCAGCCCUUUAGUUCUGCAUUGCAGUUCGGGAGGUGUAGGCCAGAUGGGCAUACUCAUUGCCUUAGAUACUCUGCUGCAGCAGAUGAAAGGAGAGAAAAAUGUGGAUGUGUACGGUGUUGUUUUGAGGCUGGUGAGGAGCUGUUGUCUCAUGACACCAUCAUUGGAUAAAUAUAUUUAUCUAUAUGAAUGCAUUCGUGAUGUCAUCACCCAGAAACAAGUUUAGGCUCUGGUUUCUGCUCCUGGUUAGAUGAUGGAUAGAACUUCAGUGUGCAGCAGAAUUAUGGACAUAGACUGAAUUGGUGCUUCCCUGUGCUGUGAUGAGCAGCUACCCCAGGGCUCUGACCUUGAUCUGUGCAGAAGGUGAAAUAAUGAGUCUGUAAAAAUGCUGGCUGUGAUGUUCCACUCUUCCAGUUGGAGAAAGAUAAUUUCUGCUGACAGCAGACUUCUGUUCCUCAAGGCAGAGUUGUGCAUGCCAUAACAACUCAUUCUUCAUUCUGGAUACACCGUUUGCUGAGUUGGGGGGGGGGGGCGGAAUAGAAAAAUCACCUCCUGAGCCUUCCCAAGUUUUGUUCAGUUCUUAAAAAUACAAUGAAACAUGUUUUUGGAUAUGGAUAGAGUUGGUAGGUUCAAGAUGUCUCAUGAUGUCAUUGUACAAAUUUACAAUAAGUACAUUUCAGAUAAUAACAGCUUUGUGAUAAAAACAAAGCUGGAGAAGUUGCAAGAAUGGGUAAUGGAAUAAAGAUCCAGUGAUAUUCAUUCAUAUUCUCUCUCUCUCUCUCUCUCUAUCUCCCUCCCUCCCUCCCCCCCCCUCUCUCAUUUCUGAUGUUGCAUGUUGGAUCCCCAACAUACCCAGUUACAGCAGUUAAGUCCAUCAUACGGAAUGCCAUUGUCUGGAUACCAGCUUCCCCCCCUCCCCCUUAUUUUGACAUUUCCCAAUACAAAUAGGCUGAGUAAAAUACCUUAUUGUUAACUGGCUUAUUAACAGUAGGAUAAUCCCAAAUCAGUGAUUUAUCUUCUUUCCAUAUUCCACAACCGAAUUAUGCAGAAAGAUUGUUUUGCAUAUAUAAAAUUAUUCAUAUUUUUUUAAAAAAACCAGCCUAAGUCUGCCUCUCUUACAAAGAGAAAGAGGUAAGAGUAUUCUAAAGAUAUGUGUUGUGUAAUGUAACACUGGAGGUAAAUAAAAAUGGAUUAAAAGUUUACCAGAUGAAUUUUGGUAAAGACGUUCUCAAAAAGGUUAUCUUAUAGAGAAUAUGAAUAACUUUCCUAAUUUGGUAUGAAAGAGAUUUGUUUCAGUUGCAUAAGUUUUUAUUUAAUGCAGAAUAGGUUCCUUGAAAGGUUAAAAUUACAGAAUGGUCUGGAAAAGCUGAUACCAACUACACAAACACCAUCUUGCCUUAUUUUGAAUUUUCCCAAAACUUAUGCCUAGCUAUUGUUGCAGAUAAAGCAAGUUUUCCUAAACCCCUUAAUCCAUACACAGAACCAGCUAGAAAAAACAACUCAUAUUGCAAAUUUAUAGCUUCCUCUGUUUCUCUUGAGUUCCACUCUUAACUCUGGAUUCCUGAAUCUCACUUGGUUCCACUUCGAAGUGUGUAGCAAAGAAAAGGUGAAAACAACUGCAGUAGUAAGUUUUGGAGACACAGCUUGAAAGUUGGGUUUUUCCUCUCAUAAGUUCUGAUCUGUGAUCCUAUUAUUUACAUGAAAGUAACUCAUUGUACUAAACUUAAUUUAAUUAUUAAAAUGAAUAUUCACAGGAUUCCAUGACAGGCUUUUCUUAUCCUAAAGCAUUGCUUGAGAAAUUUAUUUUGAGUUUCAUGAAAUCCAGUUUUGCUUUUCUUUGACUUACCCCUAAUUUCAUUUCUUAAAGUUGUAACUUUAAUUUUGAAAUGGGAUUGAACUAUCCAUUGGGAGAAGUGCAUUUUUUACAGAUAGGUAUGAGUUACCCCAAUUUCCUGGGGAAAAUUGUUUUAUAAUAAUAAAUUAUUCUAUGAAAA